GUUUCUUCUUCUACUCCAAAAAACUUUUCCUUCCACAUUUCAUAAAAAAAAAAAAUCUUAUUCUUAUAAUAUGACUAAAACGACUUCGUUUUGGUUACGAUUGAAUCAAGUGACGAAUUCGUGACUGAAAAACUCGUAAGUUUCCAAAUCGAACACGAAAGUACUUCGUGCGGUGAAUUUCGAUGGACUUUGAAGAAGCGCGUGAUAAUCUACGCGCUAUAAGACUCUUAUAUAGGCUUCUUGAAGAUAACAGUAUCGCUUUGCAAGAUUCGAAUUCAGAGAAUGUGGUUGAGAGAGCUCAUGUUUUGUUGAAAAGUUUGCUUGAUGUUGCUGUUGAAGUUGUUUUUGAGACUCAUUUAAAGAUAAUGGCAACACAAGCAGAGAACUCUAAGAAACUCACUGAACAAGAAAAACUUGUGACCAUGCCACAGUCAAAGUCCUCAAUGGCAACCAACAUUUCUCAAACUACGGAAAAAUAUCAAACUCGCGGUACAAUGAGUUUACAGAAGGAUCAGCAGCCUCAACUGGAAUUACUAUCUAAGAAAGACUUGUCGGAGCUGUCGAAUAUCAGCAUCUCUGAUAUUCGAGGAACGGAAAGUAAAACGCUAUGCAGUUUAGGUGAGGAGAACGGUAUGAUGCAACAUAAUGUAGUAAAGGAACAAAACCAAUGUAAUGAGGGUAUUUCACCAAACAUAGAGAGUAAUCAUCAUGAACAACAACAACAUGAUAAUGUGAAUACUUUAUAUGGUCUUGAUGAGCAUGCGGAAGAAUCGUUGCAAAUGUUAGACGUGAAAGCUGACGAGUCCAAUGAAGAAAAUAAUAUGCCGUUGCAAAAUGAUAUUCGUGAAGCUGAAUGCAAUUCUAGUGCUGCCAGAUUUGCUGAAUGUGUAGAACAGAAGGGUGAUUUCUCUGAUGAUUUGGUUAAUGCAAUGAAAAGAAUUGAAUCUCGCAUUUUGGCUUUUCAACUUUGUUCAAAAUUGGUUGAUUCCAGUAAGAAUGGCGCAGUUGGCCAUCCUUUGCACAAGGUAGCUAAUUUGGGAAGUCCCGAAAUGCCAAGAGAAGACAAUGCUGCAAGAAGUCAGUUGUGUUCUAAUAGGUCUCUCUUAGAAGGAUACAUGAUAAAGAAUCAUCAGACAGAUAAAUCAAGUUCCAAAGUUGAAAAAUUGAGUUCAAAAAAUGCAGUCGAUGAACCCUUUUUAGCUCGAAGCGAAUCAUCGAGUCCAAAUCAGGUGGCAAAUCAGAAUUGUGGGUUUCAUACUAAUACAGAAUCUGCAAAGAAUGUUGAUAUACCAAAACAUAUUGAUACCCAGUCAGUAUCAAGAGGAGAAGAAUUGAGAAGUGGAACUAGAAUUCAAACUUCAGCACAAAACAUGGUAAUGAUAGAUAGAGUUAAGUCAUUGAAUAGGUUAGUUAGUAGUAAUAGCCACAUGAAGAAUCAAACUAGUGAGUGUAUUCAAGGUUUAAGGGUUCCUUUGAAUCAAGAUGGUCUUAUUGAGAAGCCUUCCAAUUUUGCUCAUCAAACCAAUAAGGAAAGUUUGGUCAGAAAAACUCCUGUACCAGCUUGGUCUAAGACUGAUCAGAAUCAAAAUGAAAUGGGUUCUGAAUCUUCCCAUGCACAAAAGAAGUUAGUGAGAUCCACACCAAAUGUUCCGCGGAGAGAAAAGCCGCCGUCUCAUCAGAUGGUGAUAAAACCAACACUAUUGGACCAGAAAUCCAGUGAGAUUAAGGUGAAUUCUCAUCAACAUAGAGACUGGCCAGUUUUGGACAGAACAGGAACUCAUAAGACAUCUCAUGUUGAUCUUUCUAAGACCAAAGCUCGAGUUCGACCGCAACUUCAUAAACAGGAGGAAUCAAGCUCAAGCUCAAGCUCAAACUCUGACUCUUCUUCUCACUGGACAUCUCAGCAAGACAGUGUCAAUACUAAUAGUGAAUCUGAGGACUCUUUGUCAGUUGGGACACAAGGUCCCAAAUUAGGAAGGAUAGUUGAUGCAUCGGAUGAAGGAAACUCAGAAAAGAGUAGUGAUUCAUAUCUCAAUAAAGAAAAUGGCCCUUCACAUAGAGUUCAAAGUUUAAAAUCUUAUGAAUAUCAUAGUAAAAGAAAUUCUAAGAAAACAAUUGGAGGCCUAAAGAAGUUGAAAAAUAAGUUGGGACUAAUCUUUCACCAUCACCACCAUCAUCAUCAUCACCAUCAUGAUGAUAAUGAUAAUGGUAACAUUCAAUCUUAUAAAGGUCCUAGACAUUCAAUGUGGAACCACCUGCAGAAUGUUUUUCAUCACAAAAACAACCAUGGGAUGAUAACAAAUAAAAAAGAUGAGAAAACAAGGAGAGGGGCUAUUACAAAAGUCUUGCCUCACAGAAACCAGGUAGGGCAGUUUCAUAGACUUGUGGAAGGGCUGUUGAGACACAUUCGACAUUCGAAAAAACCGACGCCUUCUUCCAAGCAUGGUUUGGUGAAAGGGUCUAAAAAUGUUGAACAUGGACAUAGACAAAAGAAGCAGCAUCGUUGGCAAAUUAUUCCACGGCGACGCCGUGGAGUGAAGUUGAAAAACAAAGGCCUAGUUAAAAAAAUGGGGUUCAUGAGUCAAAAAUCAAUUAAGUACUAAGAGCAUCUUCAAUGUGUGCUCUAAAUAUUGUUCUGAAUUAUAAUAGAGUUUUAUGUUAAAUUAUGUACAUGUAAUAAUAAUAUCUACAAUAGAACAUGUUCUUGCAGUACUCUUGAAUGGCAACUAGGUGAUUCUCCCAAUUCGGUUAAUGAUAGCUUGGUGAAUCUGAUUUUAUUCUGUUGACUUAAAGCAGUGUAGUUUAGAUAUUUAACUGUAUAUUACUAUCAAUGAAGAUAGCUAGAGUAUUUGAAGUUGUUUA